AAAUAGAAUUGAUCUUAGUUGCGUGUGUUUUGUUUUGUAUUUCUCUGGCAACCAAACUAAACUUAGAUACCAAAUCUAAAUAAACGUCAGUCAACUAAAGUUUUAUUCGCAAUUAGAUAAAUUACGAGAGAAAUAUGGAAUGGCCGAGCCAAAACGUUCCGCAGGGUGGUUUCCUGCAUCCUCGUAAAGUCGAUUUUAGUCCCGAUACCGCAAAAUUCCUCAAGGAACUAAUACAGGAGAGCAAACUGUCGAUCAGGCAAAAAUCUAAAUUUGAAAAUAUGCUGCGCAAUGAUCAAGUUCGAUUUUACAAAUCUCCGAAACCGACACGUCGAACUCCCGAAAUUACCAUCAGACCGGGGAGUCCCAGGAAAAGGUCGAUGCAAACCAUCUUACAGUCCGGUGCGUAUGAACGAGAGAAAUUUGUCCCCUUGCAUCCGAGGAUUGACAGGGAAAAAGAGAAGGAAAAAUUGCAGCACAUUAUGGCGUAUAAUCAGGAAGUGGCACCGAAACAAGAAUGGCCGUUGGACCGAAAAUUGAAGAGGGAAUCACCACCAGCACCGCAAGUUAAUAGAUACGACCUGUUGGAGCAAGAAAUAUUGGAAAGACAAGAAUGGUUGGAGAAAAUGGAGGCAUUGGGAAUGGGAGACAAAUUCAGGCCGAUUAUUCAUCAACAAAUUCAGGCAAAAUUGAGGGAAAUGAACAGAUUACAACCAGCUUCUUCGAGAUAGAUUUCACCAUUUACUUAUAUAUUUUUUAACCAUUUUUUAAUCAUUCAGUCACUAUUGUGCAUAUAUUUUUUAUAUUAUAAAAGGGAAAAUAAAGAAAAUAAUUUGAAGAAAA